AUGAAAUUCCUGCAUAGAACCAUUGGAAAGAUCAGGAGGUACCAAAUCAGCAAUGAAUGGAUAACAGAGAAGCUGGAAAUUUUUGCGGCUGAAUUUCCUACCAGGGACCAAUUUUAUUCUGAAAGAGGAGAUGGCAGAGCAGCUAGAGAAAGAGACAGGCCAGCUUAUCGUGGUUCUAGAGUCCCUCAUCCUGGACCCCACCAACAAGGAUCAAGAGAAAAACGCCCUAGAUGGUUUGUUGCUCUAUUUGAUUAUGAUCCAACAACUAUGUCUCCAAACCCAGACGCUUGUGAUGAAGAGUUGCCUUUUACAGAAGGUGACACCAUCAAGGUAUUUGGUGAUAAAGAUGCAGAUGGAUUCUACUGGGGAGAAUGUCGUAAUCGCAGGGGUUUUGUUCCUCAUAACAUGGUCAUUGAAGUACAGCUUCUUCAUACUCCUUCCAAGACUUCUAAGAGCGUAAUGGCUGUCCUUCCUGUGAUCACUACAUUACAGGAUUUCACUACAUUACCUUUAUACAGGAAGGACUUCCAUAUACAUUCUCCUAACCUUGUGUGGAUUGAUCUCAUGACUACUUUUAAUAGCAAAUUUAACAGUUCUGAGGAAAGAGGGUCUCGCAUUUUGAGACCCUUCUGA